UCUUCCCGAAAAACGUUUCUACAGCUAGAAUCAGUGAAUCACUCACCAAACCUCUUUCUUCAAUUGAAGAAGGAGAAGAAUUGCUAGAAUUUUGUAAGAGAUGAAAGAGAGAUUGAAGCCCAAAAUCAGAAAACCCAGAAAUUUGUUUUCCGAAUCGAAGAAGGUCACAGUUUCGCUUCUCUCUGUUUUCUUACUCUUCAUCAUUGUUAAUACCUUCUUCUACCCAAGUUUCUACUCCGAUUCCGGUUCAAUUCGGCGCAAUCCCGUCGUUUCCCGAGAAAAUCCGGGAAAAUCGCACAAGACGAGGGUUUACAUGUACGACCUGCCGACGAAUUUCACUUACGGACUCAUCGAGCAACACGGCGUAGCUCGCGGCGGAGAGAAAUCUGACGACGUCACCGGGUUGAAAUACCCGGGUCAUCAGCACAUGCACGAGUGGUAUCUCUUCUCGGAUCUUAACCGACCCGAAAAUGAACGAGUUGGGUCACCAAUUGUCAGGGUUUUGGACCCGGCGGAGGCGGAUUUGUUCUACGUCUCGGCUUUCUCUUCUCUAAGCUUGAUUGUGAACUCAGGUCGACCCGGUAAAUCCGGGUCGGGUUACAGCGAUGACGACAUGGAGGAGAGUUUGGUGGGUUGGUUGGAGAAUCAAGAAUGGUGGAGGAGGAACAAUGGGAGAGACCAUGUGAUUGUUGCAGAAGACCCGAAUGCGUUGAAACGGGUCAUGGAUCGGGUCAAAAAUGCGGUUUUGCUUGUGGCUGAUUUUGGCCGGUUAACAGCUGACCAAAGGUCGCUUGUCAAAGACGUAAUCAUACCUUGUUCUGGUAGGAUUGAUGCUUAUGAAGGCGAGCUUGGUGUAAAGAAGAGGAACACAUUGUUGUUCUUCAUGAGAAACCGUUCUCGCAAAGAUGGAGGAAGAGUCCAAGAUUUGCUUUUUAAGCUGCUUGAGAAAGAAGACGACGUUGUGAUCAAACACGGAACACAAUCAGGAGAGAAUAGGCGUGUGGCUAAACAAUGGAUGCAUACGUCUAAGUUUUGUCUACAUACAGAUGGUGAUGCUUCUUCUGGUUGCAGAUUAUUUGAUUCCAUUGCGAGUUUAUGUAUCCCGGUGAUUGUAAGUGAUGGCAUUGAGCUGCCUUUCGAAGAUGUUAUAGAUUACAGAAAGUUCUCUGUGUUCUUGAGGAGUGAUGUGGCGUUGAAACCCGGGUUUUUGGUAAAGAAGCUGAGAAAAGUGAAACCAGAAAAGAUUUUAAAGUACCAAAUGGCGAUGAAAGAGGUGAGACGAUAUUUCAACUAUACGCAUCCAAAUGGGAGUGUGAACGAGAUUUGGAGACAAGUUACUCAGAAGGUACCGCUAAUCAAACUGAUGAUCAAUCGGGAAAAGCGAAUGAUCAAGAGAGAAUCGAUUGAACCGCAGUGUUCUUGUUUAUGCUCAAACCAAACCAGAAUCAUCCAUGGUGUCUAGUUGGUAAGAGAGAAUAAAGCAAGCGAGCUCAUACAUAGCAACAUAUGCUGGAAUGACUCAGUUGAGUGAUGUAAGGCAGUGGUUAACCGUAAAUUUCUGUGAAAAGGCCGAUUCUUUCGGUUACAGACUUCAAGGCAAGCUCCCAUUUCUUGACCGUCACGGCAUCAUUUGCGUAAUUCUGCUUCAUUUGCUUGAAAC